CCCGGUAGCUUCACGGUGCCUGCGGUGCGGAGGGUCUCCGGUGUGAACCGUCUCCUCAGCAUUGUGUCGUUUUUCCACCUGAAUCCCGGUCCGUUUCUCUCCGUCAUGGCGGCCGCUGUCCGCCUUCUUCCCGCCGUCACGUUCGCGCUGUUGUCUUGUUUUCCCGCCGCGGUGUCUUCGCGCAGAGACGUGCUCGAGCUCGGUGACGCGGAUUUCGACUACCUGGCAACGGAGCACGAGACCAUGCUGGUGAAAUUCUACGCUCCAUGGUGUGGUCACUGUAAGAAGUUGGCUCCAGAGUUUGAGAAAGCAGCCAGCAGACUGAAGGGAACCGUCCAGCUUGCAAAGGUGGACUGUACCGCUCACUCAGAGACCUGUGGUCGUUUCGGGGUGUCAGGUUAUCCCACUCUGAAGAUCUUCAGGAACGGGAGAGACUCCGCCCCUUACGACGGACCUCGCAGCGCAGAUGGGAUCUAUCACUACAUGAAGAAGCAGACCGGCCCAGACUCGGUUCUCCUGAAGACUGAAGAAGACCUGCAGACCUUCAUCGACCACUAUGACGCCAGCAUCAUCGGUGUGUUUGCAGGUGCAGACAGCUCUCACCUGUCAGAGUUUCUGAGAGCUGCAGGUCUGCUGAGAGAACAGUUCAGAUUCGCUCACACUACUGACCUGAAGCUGGGCAACAAGUACGGGGCCAACGCCGAGUGUGUGUUGCUGGUCAGACCUCCCAGACUGGCCACUAAGUUUGAGGACGGCGUCGUCGUCUUCACAGAUUAUCUGACUGUCGGUUCUCUGAGACGCUUCAUCCGAGAUCACAU